AUGAGCCGGGGGAGGUGGGCUCCACGCCGCGCACCGGCAGCUAUAAAACCCUCCGGGUCCGCGGCGGGUAGGGUCAGGCGAGCGGCCGUGGACCGGCAGAGGAUGGAGGGCAGAGCGAUGGGGUGCAGCUGCCCCCGCCCGCCCUCGGCGGCGCUGCCCCCACCGGGAUACUUGCCCUUCUCCUCCCGGUGCGGGGCGCGGUCGGGACCUGCCCUAACGGUCCUGCCGUUACCCCGCAGGUCCGUGCCUUUCUGGAGGCCCUGGGUACCCACGCCGGCCGAGGAGGGUCGACAGAGUGUCACCAGCAUCGGGCCGGCCGCGCCUCACAGCCCCUGCGGGCUGGCGGAAGCCUCCCGAAAGCUGGCGCAGUACACGCACCCCGUCAGACUAUUUUGGCCCAAAUCAAGGUGCUAUGAUUACUUAUAUCAGGAAGCUGAAGCACUUCUGAAAAACUUUCCAGUUCAAGCUACAAUCUCCUUUUAUGAAGACUCAGAGAGCGAAGAUGAUGAUGAUAAUGAACUGGAACAAGAUUCAAGAACAGAAUCAGAUUGCUGA